AUGGGUGAGUAUCAGAUACAGAGGAAAGAGGAGAGGAGGGACAUGGUGCGUGUGAUGCAUACCAAGACGUGCCAGUCCAAGGUGUUCGAUCUGUCAGACGGAGUGUCUCAGUACGCCUGGUUCCCCUGCCGCGAGGCCCAUGAGUCGACCUGGGGAUAUCCUAACUAUUGGCUAAAGGCGCACUUUUCCCAUCCCAUGGUGGCAGCAGCGGUGAUUAUACAUCUGGCAGCUGAUGGGACCGGCUACAUCGACCAGACUCAGUGCAACAUCACCGUUCAGCUGGUUGACACCAAGGAGGGCAUCCAUAGUCUAGGUGAGUGGCGUCUCAGCUGCCGCACCAACCCUUUGGUGAUCCCGGUGAGCCACGACCUGUCGGUGGCCUUCUACCACACCAAGGCCAUCCUCGUCAUGUUUGCCUCGCGCCUCGUGGCCAUCUCCGGCGUGGGCCUGCGCUCCUUCCAGUCCUUCGACCCCAUCACCAUCAGCGGUUGCCAGAGCAAUGAAAUCUACAACCCCACAGGCCAGAGUUGUGUACAUUAUUCGUGCGAAGCCAUUGACUGCCAGGAACCCUUAAUCCGCAAUGCAGAGCUCAAGUGCAGCAGCCCCGGCCGCCACUUCUACAACGGAGACCGCUGCACCAUCUCCUGCAACUCCGGCUACGUCCUGCAAAUCCACCAGGACGAUGACAUCAUCAAGAGCCAGUCGGACUCUUCAGUGACUAUAACCUGUGCGAACGGGAAGUGGAACAAACAGGUGUCGUGUGAGCCGGUGGAUUGUGGUCUGCCAGACAAAUACCACGUCCAUCCUGCAAAUUUCAGCUUCCCCGAGGGCACCACCUACGGCAAGAAGAGCACCUUUCAGUGCAAAGAGCCGGCCCAGCUCGUAGGUACCAACAACACUCUCUACUGCCUUGAGGAUGGUCUUUGGUCCUUUCCGGAGGCUCUUUGCGAGCUCCGCUGCCCAGCUCCGCCUCCUGUACCCAACGCCGUGCUGCAGACCAAGCGCUGCAACGAGACAGGCCUGAAAGUGGGCACGCUCUGCAAGUACAAGUGCAAGCCCGGCUACCAUGUCACCAACAAACCUAAGAGGCGGGCAUUUAAGCGCCAGUGCACCGAGGACGGCAGCUGGCUCGAGGGGGCUUGUGAGCCGGUGACUUGUGAUCCCCCGCCUCCCAUCUUCCACGGCUCCUACCACUGCACCGACGGCUUCCGCUUUGACAGCGUCUGCAGACUCAACUGCUCUGACCCUGCUGGUAAUACUGCUAUCGCCGCCACAGGAGGCUCUGCCCAUACGGCGGCGGGGUCCAACGUGAUCCGCUGUAGGAAAGAUGGAAACUGGACAGGGUCAUUCCGCCUGUGCGCGCACAGCAAAGGCCAAUGUUCUUUACCUCAAAACCUCCAUUAUAGCCUUCAGUACUCCUGCAGAAGAGGACACGGCAUAGGCGAGGAGUGCGAGCUGACCUGCAGAGAGAGCAACAACGACGUGGUGAUCCUCCCCAGCAACAUGACAGUAGAGCGGGUUCUAAAAGAGCACUGGAGGAACCCUCACAAAGUCAAAAAUAUAGUCUGUACAAUGGGACUGAAAUGGUAUCCACACCCAGAAUUGCUCCACUGCAUCAAAGGAUGUGAGCCAUUCAUGGGAGACAACUACUGUGAUUCAAUCAACAACCGAGCCUUCUGUAACUACGACGGAGGAGACUGCUGCCAAUCCACUGUCAAGACCAAGAAGGUGAUUCCAUUCCCCAUGUCCUGUGACAUACGAGAUGAGUGCUCCUGUCGGGAUCCCAACGCCAUAGAGAACAGAAAGGAUGAACACGUCCACUCCCUGGGGUGACCAGCCUGCAGCGGGGACCUCUGUUCGGUGUCCCAGGACCCUCGCAUCAACACAACACAGCCAGAGUGGCCGAGGCUGACCCCCCUCCCUCCUCCUCCUCCUCCUCCUCCUCCUCCUUCUUCAUCCCUCUCUCGGCCUCCGAUUUCCUGCACAUGCUGCUUUAACAGGCAUACCUCUCCAUCCAUACUGCAAACCCAACCAGCUGAAAUAUUUGCCUCCACAUCACAGGAAGAUCUAGAUUAGAGGCCGGGACUCAUGAGACUUCACAGAAAAACUUCAUUUCUCAGCUUAAAGGAAAGUAACCCUGCAAUAUCAUCAUGAAAAAAAAACAAAAAAAAAAAAACAUAUAUAGCAAGGAGGAAAAAAAAAAUACAUGAAACUGACUUUUUUUUUUUUCUGAAAGAGUAAGAAAACAAAAAAACAAAAACAUAACCAAGCCUAGGUAGCAUGCCUUUUGUUCAGUUUUGUGCUGGCUUCAGUGUCUAUUUUAGUGACCUCGCUCUACAAUCACGUGGUUGAACCAAAGGUAAAUCAAAAUGUGCAAGUAGGGGAUUCGUGUUGAUGUUGGCUCCGGUUAUUGCAAAUAUGAAGGAAAUCAAACGUUGAAGGUUAUACUCAGACACUUCGAAGGCAUGUUAGACAGCUUUUUCCCGGGAGGUUAUAGAAGUUUGCGAUUACAUCAUUCCUGGUUUUCCAAACAGGUCAGACAUUCUGUAUCUCUACAUCCUUUUUUCAGUACAGUGUGUUUCUGCAUAUAGGCACAUUAGAGGAUAUAGAGGUUUUUAUCUGAGCUCGCUGGGGAAGGAGACAGCCAUCUUGUUAAGUUUCAAGCCACAGAUUGAACACAAAAGCCAAAUUAGAAUGCAUAAAACACACACACACACACACACACACACACAAAUGUCGAUUAAUAGUUGAACAGCCGCAGACACAGUUUCCUAAGACGAUUUUAUACUUAGAGCAAAAUUCUGAAUGCACAACAUUUCCAGCAUGGCUUCUGCUACCGUGUUUGCUGCUACUCGCCAUCCUCACGUCAUAAUAGGGUUGGACAGCAUUGUCUGCCUUGCUGCUUUCAGUACCUCUCCAUAGCAUUCGUUCACAACUUGCAUGUUAGUCUAUAAUACUUUCAGAGAAUACAUAAUGAUGCACUAAGAACUUUAAAAAAGAAAAGAAAACCCAGAACCUCACUUCUAUGUCCCCUUCAACCCAACUACCCAAGGAAAAAUACUACACACAUCGACCACGACUUAAAGAAUGUCAUCGAUAACACCUCACCUCGGGUUGGGGUCCGUUUUACUUUCAGUUUGAACUCCCCUCCCUCCUCCUCCUCCUCCUCAUGGUGCUUGAAACCUCAAGCGCUGAUUCAUUAUGUUUAAACUGAAACUAAAAGGAUCCCUGCCUUUGCUCAGAAUGUAGUCAAUGCUUGUUAGGAGUCUGCAGCUUUUUUUGUAACGCACAGUUCUCCAUAGCACAGUAACACAUACGCAAAGGAGGAAAAGGGGCUGGACAUCAGCCAUGGCUCUUAGUGAGAAUGAAUAAAGGUGGAAGGACAUCUUACACACACAUGCAUACAAACAAAUGCAUACACACACACACACACACAUCCCUCAUUCUCUCACCGUGACAGUAGUGUGGACUCUUUGCUGUAGCUUUGCAGGCAACAAUGUACAUGAAAAUGGCAUUUGGAUGUAUAUGUCAACACAGCAUUGUCAGUCACACUAUGAUAAUAAUGAUAUUCUCUGCUGGGUCUAGUUAGUUCAUUCUUUUAACCAUAAGUCUGUAUGAAAGUGCACUUCUGAUCAGCACUUUUUCAGUAUUGUAAACUUGGGUGUCCAUCCCCCCACUAAUUCAUUUCUUUAGAUCAUAUGGCUGCCAUGGUAGCCAUUUCUAUUUUUUUCAAUCUUCAUUCCAGACACAUGCAUACACCCAGUUUUUUCACCCUCAUGCACAUGAAAUAAUGAAGGCUGCUUGGCAUAUUGGUCCAAAUUUUGCUGCUCUUAUUUGGCUGCAUCCAUAGUCGUGGUAUAACAAUCAGCAUGAUUAUGUCUUUUCAUUCGUCCUGGGCCAAUGGCACAGUCCCUCUGACUCAUAUACGGCUGCUAUAGCAUUCCAGAUCAAUCUCAUCAAACUUUGGAUUCAACAAGAAACUGUACAAGUGGCAACGUAAGACCAACUUCAUGACAUUUGAGUUGAAGAACUCUGACAGAACGAAAACACGCAGAGAAAGUGUGAAGGUAUUAUUUUCCACCAAUUACAUACAAAAAGAUAUCAUGUAAAUAUUAUUAUAUGUUCUUUAAGGGAAGGAGCGUGGAAAAUGUUUUUUUUUUUUUUUAUUCAUGUAUUUCCUUUUUUUUUUUUUUUUUUUUUUUUUUUACAAAAUGUCAUAUUUAAUCAGUGUUUGUAUUAUUGACCUCAGUUACUGCACUUUUUUUAGUUUCCAUGUAAGAAGAAAAAGUAUAUCUUUCAAAAAUCAUGUUUAGAAGCUGCUAUUGUCCGAAUGGUGAUCUGAAACAAACUGUAAGAUAUUCGGUCCUUCGACUUCCUGUGUCGCUAUAUUAGCUUUCCUGUCCUUUUCGUUUUAUUUGUACCUGGACGUACUUAAUCCCUCCGCGACCCAAACUCGCUUUUGCUUUCCAUGUUAUCAAUGAUGUAGAGAGGUAUUGUCACUACCAACCAUCCAGCCAAUUCCCUCCAAAACUACAGUAUAGGGUUCACAUCACCACACUCCGUUGAUAUUCUUAUUUAUGUAGCGCCAAUCCAAAAAUGAUCUCAUGAACCUUUACAUACAGAGCAGUUCUAGACAGUACUCUUUGAAAAAAAAAAAUAAUAUCCCAACACCAAACAUUAAUCCACCAAUGAGCAGGCACUUGGAUCAAUGGCAAGUGAUUUAACAGGCAGAAACCUCGAGUAGAACCAGACUCAUUGGUAGACAGCCACCUGUCAAAUAUGUUUAUGUCGAAAAAUAUUGUCACUCAUUCAAGGUCUUUCUGGACAGCAAAUUUCUCCCAUUUUUGUUUCGUCCUGAUGUAUUUGUAGUAAAUUGUCUUAGGUUGUACAUAUGUAUAAUUUGAAGAAGAAACCUAAAGAUGGUAGCACCGAAGUAAUGCUUAAAUGAAGGAACUCUUUGUUACUUUAAUGUAACACAAACAUUUUAGAGGCUUUAUCAACACAGAUGCCCUGAAACAGACUUGUAUUAUUUUAAUAUCAUCAAAAGAUUGUCUAUGUCUUACUCCAGAUACUGCUGCUUUACACACAAAUAUUUCUAGUGAGGAUAAACUGACCUGCAAUCACUUCACUAUGCCAAUGACAUGCAGUGCUGUGGCUCAUCAUGCGCCAGUGAGGUCACUGGGAAGUUAUUUUAGCUGUUUCGAAUGGAUGGAUCUGAAAUCUAUCAUUGGAUCCCUUUCAUUCCAAAAAUCAGAGUUCGCGCGACCAACGAAUACACAAGAGAUUUCCUUCUUAGAAUCAUCGGUUUAAAACCUGAAUACCUAAACAACCAAUACUAUCAGGAAGGCUUCAGAAUGUGACUCCAUGUCAACUUGAAAAAAAUGCCGUUCUUUAUUAUAGAGAAGGGUACCCAUAAGCCAUUAUAAAACACAGAUAUUCAUGGAAGGAAGUAUAAGAUUACGCAUUGGAUGAGGACAUCACCUCUCUACUGUAGUCAUCACAGGAUCCCUUGCUGUACCUCAUGCCUGUAAUGUUUGCUGCUUCUAUAUUUUUGGUAUUUUAGUGACUUUUUUUUUUGCGUCUCAUAACAAUGGUGUAAAUAGUAGAACUAUUUAUUGAGAGUGUUAUACUUUUUUAAGUUAUAUUUAAUGUCCAUGUAAGUUAUUUUUUACAUUGUUGGUAUAAACACAAAAAACAUGAUCGGUUGUGAGUCCAAACUGUCAGUUUGUGUCUGUCGUCGUCACAUUGCUUAAAUUGCUUUAGAUCAUUGCUUGAAAAAAAAAAAAGCAAAAAAAAAAGCAAUGAUCUCGUAUAUCGUACACUUCCGACUCACAACCAUGCAAGAACUCAUUGUCUCAUUGGUCAUUAAGUGUAGAAGGACACUGCUUGCAUCCAAUGAGGAUUCAACACAUGUUCAAUGUUACUGAGUGCAGAGUAACUUCUUUUCCCUUUAAAAACCAGAAUGUAAAGUUUUUUUAUUUUCUUAUUUUUUUUUCAAAUGCACACAUUAGCCAUAUGGACAAGGAGUUGUGAAAAGAGAACCAAGUAUAUGAUGUUCAAGUGCAUAAAUACAUAAUAUAACAAAUGUUUUUUGAGAGACCAGUGCAAGGCACACGCCGAAUAUGGACACAGCCGGCUGAGGGCCGGAUGAUAACGGGCAUAAGAGAGGGAUCAAAAAAUGAAAAAUAAAAAGCAGGACUGGAGGUUAGAAGGCAGCCGACAGUGCCACAGAUAGAGUGUUCUUGGAGGGGAGGAAGGGGGGGGGGGGGGGGUGUUGGAAGGUGUGUAGGGAUGGGUGGGCUGCUUUUCCUGGCCUGUCGAGCUAUUUGUCCAGGUGUGAAAAUGUGUACUCACAGAGGCUGCCCCUGGGCAAAGGGUGGCCAGCGCUGACUGGCAACAAGCCGAGGCCAAUGAGUCAGAGUUUCUCCCGGGGGGUGGCAGCCAUCCCUCUCUGGGACUCCCCCCCCCCCCCCCCCCCACCUCCUACCUCCACCUCCCCACUUCUCGACACACUGGCUCAUCUGUCACUGUCAGGUAAGCCUUCGCGGGGCUGCCAGGGUCAAGCUGGCCCUGUGAAAAAGAGAGAGGAUGUUUGCCCAGCUUAUAGAGCCUUUUGAAGUUAGGCUGAAGGAACACAGCUCUCCUCACCUUUGGAGCCUAAUGCUUAUCACCUAAUAUGAUUUGUAAAGCAGUCUUUUAUUUGACAAGCUUUGAUACCUCUCCACAUUUUCCACCAACAGUCGCUCCUUUGUUUCCUAAUUUAACACCUGGUUGUUGUAUUUGCUCGUCUAAAAAUGGCAGAAAACUUUGUAGUGUCGAAGUCAUUACAAAGCGACGGGGAGGGUGAGGAAGAGUGUCUGAAGCCCUCGUGUUUUUGGCUCAGAUCAUUGUGGAGAAAAAUACUGAUGUGCCAUCUUGUUGUAAGACAUUUUUCUUUGUGUAUUGUAACACACGAAGUACCUCUCACAGGCCUCUGGUUAUAGAAUGGUCCACUUAUGUCUGUUUCCUAAUCCCUCAAUAAAUAAAAAAAGGUGAAGUGUCCCUUUUUUUCUAAGUGGGAAGUACAAAAAAAGUGUAUUUACAUAUUAUAUGGAUAUCUAGUGGUAUUACUGCAAUGUUUCGUACCCGAUUGCUCAACAAAUAUAUUUUAAGAUGUAAAUAAUAAUAUUAUAUGAUGAUUGUAUUUGCAAACCAUGUACUAACUGUUUGGGAGUAGCUCUUGGAUUGAUUUUUAUCAUGACUAUAUACAAAGAGAUGAACCGUGAAUAUGUUGUGCAUUGUGUCAAAGUAUCACCUGCAAGACAGAAAAUCAAGAAAAAAAAAAAAGACCUGUGAUGCUUUACCACACCACUCGCUGUCAGCAUUUAUUUGUUCAUAAUGGCUUAGUACAAGCACUGUUGUCAGUUGUCUAAACCAUGAAUCUAU